GAGUCUCGCACCUUGCUGCAGCGGUACAGGACGGCGUGGGAGUGGUACCACUCCCACGCCAGUACCACUCCCGCGCCAGAGUGGCAGGCCUUGAACUUCCCGUCGAUCCCGGCAGCGUUUGGCCCGGAUCACGUUCACCGGGAAGGGCCGGGUGACAAGGGCCUGAUGCAGGCAUUGCUUCAUGAGCUCGACGAUCUCGUGAGACGGCUCUGCAAGGCCUACGAGAUCCUGCAUCAGUGGCACCGCCACCUGGAGCAGCAUGGCGGGGACCACAGCCCCUAUGUG